CUCAUUCCUCUCUCGACUCUGAUCACCGUCCGGUGAUCCCCACUUCGGCUCACCUCCCUCUGGGUUUGAAUUCCCUAGCAAGCCAAAAAAUAAAAAUCCAAUUUUUUUUCCGUGCAAAUUCUCUGAUUUUUUCAUUUCUCACCAGCAAAAAUCGAGGGAUUUGAUUGAUCUCCGACAAGAAAUUCGUGAAAAAUUCCAACUUUCGUUGUUUUCCGAGCCAAAGAUCGCAGCUUUUUCAUGGCCUCUGCCUCAUCCUACUGGUGCUACGCCUGCCGCCGCGUCGUCAGAGUUCCGGCCAUGGACUCCGUUGUGUGCCCUGACUGCGGCGGCGGCUUCAUUGAGGAGGUCGAGAACCCUAUUUCAGCUGAGGAAGCCCCUCGCCAUCGCCGCUACGAGAACCACGACCCGGCGUCUGACGUUGACGUGCGGCGUCGCCGCAACCGCCAUGGAUACGGUGAUGACAGAUCCCCCUUCAACCCCGUCAUCGUUCUCCGUGGCGCGGGCGAUGGUGCCGGUGACAUCUCUCCGAGCAGAAGCUUUGAGCUUUACUACGAUGAUGGGGCGGGGUUGGGGCUCCGGCCGAUGCCGGCUCAGAUGUCGGAUUUUUUGAUGGGAUCGGGGCUUGAGCGGCUGCUGGACCAGCUCUCUCAGUUCGGGAUCAAUGGAUUGCCUGCCGGACGUGGGUGCGAGAAUCCGCCGGCGUCCAAGGCUGCGAUUGAAUCGAUGCCUACCAUUGAGAUAACCGCCGGGCAUGUCGGUAUGGAAUCCCACUGUGCUGUCUGCAAGGAGGCUUUCCAGCUCGGUGAUGAUGCGAGGGAGAUGCCCUGCAAGCACAUCUAUCAUCAAGAUUGCAUCUUGCCAUGGCUUUCGCUCAGAAACUCGUGUCCUGUUUGCCGUCACGAGAUGCCCACUGACGUUGGUGGAGGAGGAGGUGGGAUAGAUGUCCAUGAAGAUGAGCAGAACUCCAUGGAGGGAAGUGAGGAGGAGAUGGUGGGGCUGACUAUUUGGAGACUUCCUGGUGGGGGUUUCGCGGUUGGGAGAUUUGCCGGAGGACGUCCGGCAGGGGAAAGAGAGCUACCUUCUGUUUAUACUGAGAUGGAUGGUGGAUUUAAUGCCGGAGCUGGUGCUCCGAGAAGGAUCUUGUGGGCAUCCAGAGGAAAGCCAUUCCAGAGAGCAUGGAAGGAUUAGCAGAGCUUUCCGAAGCUUCUUCUCAUUCUUCAGACGCAUUAGGCCUAUGUCUUCUUCUAGACCGAGGUUGGAGAGCUCUGCAUCUUUGAAUUUGAGCCAGAGAGGAUCCUUGUUUAGUAGGAGUACACGAACUUAAAACGUCCUCUGGUUUUAUAUGAUAAGAUGAAACUCUUGCAUUUAGAAGAUGGAGAAAGCUCACAUUUUGUUGUGUAGGUGCUUUGGGUUUUUAUCUUUUUGUUCUUUUAAGAUCUAUUCAUAAGAGUUUUAGAUUUUGUUUCUCUAUUCCCGUGUGUAAAUAGAUGAUCUUUGGAAAAUUUUCAAGAAA